UUCUGAAAACCCAAAAGAAGACCUCCAAUGCCCAACUUGGUGUUAGCCACAAACUAAGAACCAUGUGGGCUGCCUUCUCAACCUCACCGAGCCCGUCCUGCUGCCGCCUCCCGCUGCCAACCAGGCCGCUUCCGACACCUCCGGUCUCCGCCAUCUACGCGAAGGCUCAGCCACCCGACACCGACGCCGAUAACGCCACACCAAACAACAGUAGCAGCAUCAAAAGCUUCGGCCACAAAAUUCUCUCGGCCGCGAAAUCCACAAAUCCCAAAUCCCGCAGCCCCAUACGAAAACAGGAAUCGCAAUUGGAGACUGCCAAAAUUAGUGGGUUAGAUGUUCUGAGGGCACUGCAGAAGGCGGCCGCCGUGAAGGAGAAGAACAGAACCCGACAAGUGAAAGAACAGAAGAAAGACGGGCCGCCUCCCACCGAAGGGAGCGGCUCUGAUAACUCUGAGAUGAACCGUAGAGUGAGGCCUCUGAGAAUCAAGAACGAUUGGGGCUUGAGACUUACUGAGUUGGAGAAACGCCUUCAGGAGAUCUCUGAGACGGUUUGAUGAUUCUAUCAUUCUCUUUUUAUUACAAUUGUCAAUGAAUUUUAUAUUCAUGUGCAGUGUUUAUUAGAAUUGUCAAUGAGUUCCCAACAUUUGAAUAUGAAUCCAUGUUAAAUCACUGCUGUAUAUAUGACUUUUAAUAUUGUAUGCACAUUCUUUAUGCCA